GACAGAGAGAGAGAGAGGGGGGUAAAGGAGUGAGGUAUAGUUGCAUUCCUGGAGAGAGAGAUCCCUGCCCCUUCCUCGUUCUUCCUCUCAGCGCCUCUCCUCCCUCCUGGUAUCCCGGCCGGCGGCGGCUUUUUUGGGGGGAUUUUGAACCCGGGAAAGCAGAUGAGAGGAGCAGGGCUGCAGGGGUGCAAGAGCAGAACAACGGCGGUGAAACGCUCGGGGAAACUGUAGGAACUCUCGGAGUCUCGGGAGUGCCACAUUCUGAACGCGCGCAAGGGGCAGUUGCGGAGUUUGUACUCGGGGGCGCACCGAGCGGCCAGAUUUUCUUUGAGAAAAAGUCAAACUUUUGGGCUUUUCCUUUCGUGCGCUGGUCAUGGGUUCCCGGAGGACUGUCCAGGCCGGCCGGGCAGCGCUGCUCCUGGCCGGACUGCUCGCGGCUCUCGGGCAGCUUUGCGCGUCCGGUUGCCCGGAGAAAGACCUGGAGGACAGGGAAGAGGAGGCCAACAUAGUUCUGACCGGAACCGUGGACGAGAUCAUUAACGUGGACCCGGUGCAUAACACCUAUUCCUGCAAGGUCAGAGUGUGGCGCUACUUGAAGGGGAAGUCUAACGUGGACCGCGAGAUCCUGCUGGACGGCGGCAACAAGGUGAUGAUCGGCGGCUUCGGCCACCCGGGGAUCUGCGACAACCAGGUGGCCACGGGGGACACGCGCAUCUUCUUCCUCAACCCGGCCCCGGAGUCCAUGGGGCCGGAGCACAAGAGCGAGCUGAUGCUCAACUCCAGCCUGAUGAGGAUUACCCUCCGCAACCUGGAGAACGUGGAGCAGUGCGUGGAAGGUGAGUAGGCGGACUACGAUCU